AUGAACAGCGGCACUAAACAGUACACCGGCAUAUUCGACUGCGUCAAGAAGACCGUGAAGGGACAUGGCUUCUUCGGGCUCUACAGAGGACUUAGUGUUCUGCUAUACGGCUCCAUACCAAAAUCUGCUGUCAGAUUCGGUGUGUUCGAACAAGCGAAACUCUACAUGGUGACAGACAAUGGUACCCUAACAAACACUGGCAAGUUGGCAUGCGGACUGGCAGCUGGUGUAGCUGAAGCGGUGUUCGCGGUGACCCCCAUGGAGACUGUUAAGGUCAAGUUCAUCAAUGACAUGCGGACGGAAAAGCCGAGGUAUAAGGGUUUCUUCCACGGCGUAAGGACCAUUGUGAGAGAAGAAGGUAUCGGCGGUGUGUACAAGGGAGUCACCGCCACUAUAAUGAAGCAAGGCAGCAAUCAAGCCAUCAGAUUCUUCGUGAUGGAGUCGCUGAGGGACUGGUACAAGGGUGGUGACAGAGACAAGCAUGUACCUAAGUACAUCGUCGGUCUCUUCGGUGGUAUUGCAGGUGCGGCGUCAGUAUUCGGUAACACGCCAAUUGAUGUAGUCAAAACACGCAUGCAAGGUUUGGAGGCUGCGAAGUACAAGAGCACGUGGGAUUGCUUCAUAAAGACGUGGAAGCACGAAGGUCCGCUCGCCUUCUACAAAGGUACAGUGCCACGAUUAAGUCGCGUCGUUUUCGACGUCGCAAUCACAUUCACUAUAUACGACAGUAUCAUGGAUGUAUUCAAUUUCAUUUGGAAGUGA